CUCACAGAGAGAUCGCAAGAUCAUGGAAAUCUAAACAAUGUCCGCCCUUCGCCAGAGUACUAGCCGCUCUGAUAGAACAAAGAGCAUAUGAAGGAGCAUACACCAAAUUGUGGCCCCCAUCCCAUACCUCCGCAAAGGCAUGGGAGAUCUGGGACACAUGGAGAUCGGAUCGCCUGGAUUAA